AUGUCGACUUCAUUACGGACGACUUGUUUUUCAUCAUUUUUUAUUUUCCUUAUUCUACUCAUCUAUACUAUUUGGCCUUGGUUUCAUGCUGGUUACAUGUGGCGCCAGAGUACCAUUGAAGCGUCCAUUUUUUUUUCGAGUUCAUUAUCCAAUAACGAAACGAAUCCUGUGCCACGAAUAAUACAUCAAACAUAUCGUGAUAUUCAUUCAAUUCCAUUAAAAUGGCAGAAAGCAUCGAACAGUUGUCGAACAUUACAUUCAGAUUAUAAAUAUUAUUUUUGGACGGAUGAACAAGGGCGUCUGUUGAUUGAAAAAGAGUUUCCUUGUCUUUUAUCAACAUUUGAUUCUUAUCCAUAUGAUAUACAACGUGCCGAUGUUAUUCGUCUUGUUGCUUUAUAUGUACAUGGAGGCAUUUAUUUAGAUUUAGAUAUUGUUUGUUUAACAUCACUUGAUAGAUUAUUAAAAUAUGAAUUUAUUCUACCUAAAACCAAACCUGUUGGCUUAUCUAAUGACGUUAUUAUUUCAAAACCUAAACAUCCAUUUUUAUUUAAAAUUUUGCAUGAAUUAUCAAAAUUUAAUCAAAAUUAUUUUACAAAGUAUCCAACAGUCAUGUUUUCUACGGGUCCAAUGUUUCUCACAAAACAAGCUUCGUCUUAUGUAAAUCGUUCUUCGUUAGAUAUUCUUUCCUCUGAACUCUAUGGAAAAUAUUCUACGAAUUCAUCAUAUGCUCUGUUCCGACAUUUAAAAGCUUCCUCUUGGCAUGGUAAUGAUGCAUCAAUAAUUAAAUUGAUUUAUCGCUGGCGAUAUAUGGUACUGGCUGCAGUUACUAUUGUUCUUAUGAUGAUUUUUAUUCUAAUCUAUUUCAUUCAACAAUAUAAUUUUACUAUAAAGAUCACAUAUCAUAUUUAUUUAGCAAUAUGGUUAACUUUUAAUAGCUCAACAUUAAAAGAACCAACUUUAAUACACAACAAAUAUGUUCGAAUAUCAUUGUAA